CUUUUUCGUUGUAACGUCACGUGGAUCUGUGUGCGCUUAUUUGAUUGCAGAACACUUCGGAUCAACAGCGGAGUGGACUGUGUCACGCUCAGUCAAAUUUUUAUACGGCAUUAUUUUUAGUGGAAUUAUCCAGACAUCAGCUAUGUUUCUGCUUGAGACAGAGUCGCUGGACUGCAUGAGUAGGCUGUUUGAAAACGGGUUCGCGGUGAAUGGAGGUCUGAAUGGUCCCGGACAGUCUCCAGCGCAUCUCGCGGCGUGCGGAGGUCAGGCCUUCUGCUUGCUUUGGCUGCUGCAGACCGGUGCUGAUGCAAACCAGCAGGACGCGAGUGGAGAGACACCCAUGCAUAAAGCAGCCAGAGCGGGCAGUUUGGAGUGCAUCAGUGUGCUGAUGGCAAGUGACGCACAUUUCGACAUUUGCAACAACGCUGGACAGACUGCUGAAGAUAUUGCACGUACUUGUGGGUUUGAUGAGUGCGGGAGGUUUCUGAACAUGCAUCGCAGAACACUGAACUUGAAGAACGCUUCAUUAUCAUCCCUCUCUGAACGGCACACGCUGAGCAGGACUCUCGCAGGACAGAAGAGAGGCGCGGACUCCAGUGCUCAAGAUUGGAAGAAAGCACGGGACUGGUGAUGAAUGGUCUCAUAAAGAGAGAGAAUUUAAAUUUAAAAUAGGCUGUUUAACCAUUAAUGGUAUACAGAUGUAUCAGUGUGCCAUUCAAAGACUGAAUUACCGGUGGACUUUUGGUAUUGAGCCUAUACUGUAGCCUCAACAGUUAAAAACUGACACUGUUCUGGGGUCUGUGAUUUAAGUACGAGAGGAAUGACUUGAUACUGGUACUGUAGCACUGCUCAGAGCUCAAUGUGCUCAGCACAAUAUACCUGCCAACAAGAGCAGAUGAGAAUCAAGGAAAAGGCUGACAAUUUUCUCAAAAGGGCGAGACUUCUGGAGGAAAAAGUGAGAAAAAUUUAACUUGGAUCACAUGUGUAUUGUGAACCAGUCAUAUAAAGGCCUUAAUUUCACUGAAAUGUUUUAUGACAAAGUUUAAAACAAAAUUUAUGACAGCGUGGAAAUGAGCAGAACAGAAGACAGUUGACUUCCUGCAAAGCUUGGCUAAUAAAGACACUCUGAGAAAAGUCAGAGACUUUGCAAUAAUCAAUGAAUAAGGAAACAUUUGCUGUUUGAGGAAGAUGUUUCAGCUGCGGUUUCUUUUUAUUAAUUUGCAGGAAGCCUCAUCUUACGUAGAUGUACAAAGAUAUCUUGUGAAUAUGAUGUAUGAUGAACUUGUUAACUUGGGCAGUCUUGAGGAUAUGAUGUCAUUAAUUUCAUCCAUUUGAAGCCGGACUAAGAAUCAUGCAAGAUGUUGCUGAAAUCAGCGUAACCUUUAGCGUGACUCAAAGUGGAUGUUACAAUAGGCAAAGGCAUUUAAAACAUUGUAAGGACAGCGAGUAAUAAAUCACUUUUCUGUGA